AUCUACUGUGUGAAUCCUCAAUACAUUGUCCCAACAGUCUUGAAUUAAUCAAUAUGGUCAAGGACAAGGAGCAUGUAUUAUUCGGCGGCGAUAAGACAUGGAAAGCCUCGGACUGGACCGCAAGUGAUGAUCGCGUUCGCGGCGGAAAAUCGCAGUCGUACCUCGAGAUCUCGGGGACCACGGCACGCUUUCACGGCCACUUGGACAUCGAGACACUUGGCGGAGCCGGCUUUGCAAGUCAACGCACUGUAGCCGAGGAUUGUACUUGGGAUGUUUCACACUACGACGGCAUCCUCCUCAACUUAGGCAAAUCGGACGGAAAGCGCUACACAUUCAUUAUGAAGGAUGAGUUGUUACCGCAAAACCCAGACAAUGGACGUGAACAAGCCACCAUCUCAUGGGAAUACGAUUUCGUCGUUUCGGUAAAUGCGGCGCAGGCGGAGAGCUCGUUCGUCUAUAUCCCGUGGAAAGACUUAAAGCCGACGUACCGUGGAAAAGAGAAGAAGGGUGUCAAGGAUUUUGAUACUAAGAAUGUCAAAAGGUUUAGUCUCAUGAUGAGAAGCUUCUUCGGGGAUCAGCAUGGGGACUUUUCCCUUUCUGUGAAGUCGAUCAAGGCUGUGUCGAGGUCCAAGGAUCUGGAAAAGGGCCCUACUGAGAGCGGGAAGACGGCAACGUUGCGCGCGCCGCUGCUAAUGUCCCUCCUUGCAGCGGGGAUACUUGUUUAUGGGCUAUGCGCGUACGUUUGCCCGUGGGUCAUGAACACUCAUACGAGACAUUGGGGAUGGUGAUCGUCAAGCUACGCCAAGGUGUUGUCUCAGUGGUCGAGUGAACAAGGUUGAGGUCCACUACCCGUUGCUAAAGGCAUGGCAUGCGCAUGGCGAAAACAUGUAAGUAUUCUCACUUCUUCAUUGAAACGAGUACUCCUGAACAUUCUCCUGAAUGUUCAAUGCGUGCUUUGAGGAGAGAAGUUGAUUGGAAAUUACUCAUGGAGCUCAAUAAACCCAACGAGCAGAUUCCGAGAUGCUCAAGGAGGGAUAUCCAAACCUAAUGAUACCCGCCAAUUCAGAUCAAACUUCAGUCCCAGUCCAUUCGCUCCACCAUAAUGCGGAUCUGACUUAACAUCCUCAAACACAUCGCUUGAUCACCCUUGUUCCUGCACAUGUUAUCGGCUCCAAACAUCUUCGUUCGCUCUUCAGUAUGCAUGCUUGUAUCCUGGUGCCAUCUGCGCUGCCUCUUUUCCAAUUCCCCCACCACUCCAAGUAAUGGCGUU